AUGAGACUCACCAUCAGCUANAGCGCACACUUGGACAAGGCCUCCAUCAUGAGACUCACCAUCAGCUACCUCAGGGUGCACCGCCUGCUGGCCGCCGGGACAUGGGCGGCCGCAGCGGAGGAUGUGGACGUGUGUUACGCACGCGCGCUCAGCGGGUUCCUGAUGGUGCUGAGCGACGGGGGGGACAUGAUCUUCCUGUCUGAGAACGUCAGCAGGCUGCUGGGGCUGGGCCAGCUGGAGCUGAUCGGUCACAGCGUGUUCGACUUCGUGCACCCGUGUGACCACGAGGAGCUGCACGACGCACUGAGCCCCCGACACGGUCAGACCCCAUAG